UCCUCGUGUCACCUGCGACCACCUGCGACGCAUCGCGAAUAUCGCGAUGACCCCGAUCCGGCUUUAUUGCUCGCGGAAAUAUGUCUAUAUUCCGUUUCGUCACCGAUACGCGCUAUCAGGUACAACAGUCACACGUGUAUUGCGCCAAAUCCUCAACUUUUCCUUACGACUCAACAGUUCAAUUUCUAUACUUAUCAUCUUCCAUUGUGACAUUUUCUCUCUAUAUAGAAACAUUCACGAAACGAUAUUCUUCUUUGCGCUGAAACCGAAACCAAACGUCGUUAAACAGCGUCGUUGGAAAUAAACGUUAGACAUUAUUCGUACGCAAAUUUAUUAAAACAUUUUACGAGAGCGCCUUGACCACCGAAGCGUUGAGCAUAAUUUCCGAACACGUCAUACAAUAGCUGCUAUAGUAUCCGCGUUCGAACAAGGUCUUUCUUCGCCUCGUCAUUAAUAUCGCCAAAUUGUACGGGACGUAUCUCUCGAUAAAAAAAAGAUUGAUAACAGCGACAAUAAUAUAACAAAUAAUAUACAUUUCUGCCAUUUCCAGAGCUCCCGCUCGUGUGUUCACUUGCAACAUAUGUUGUCGCUUGCAAUUUAAACAACUGCUAGAAAAUUGAUAUUUCCCCUACUCUCUACUGCGCACUAGCGCGGCGACUUGAAUGCGUUCGUGUAUUGUUUUACCUAUCCGCGAUAAAGAUCGAUAAAAGUUGCUCAAAAUGACUCGGACGAUCGUGGAUCGUAGUCGGCUUAUCAGUCGACGACCGAUCGGGACAUUACAACGCGAGUCGCAGUAAGUUGGGCGUUUUUGCUGGGAUAGUCAUGAGGAUCUGGCGAACGAUGAUCCUUGGAACGCGAUUUACAUAAUCGUACCUAUCCUCGCGGAAAAUAACGGACGAGAGAGAAUUACGCAAGAUGGAUCCGUCGUCGAGAUCCGAGUUGAAGACGAAAAAGACGGCGAAAGUGCUCCGUCAUGCCGCCGGCGAGAUCACGGAGCUGGACGAGGUGAGGGUGUCCGCGCCGAACAGCAACGUGGCAACGUCAAUGUCGUCGACGGCGCACCCCAGCGAUAACGACGCGUCGGCGUCGGCGACACCCUGCAAGAAUGGCGGCUGCAAGGUCUGGAGGAGCAGCCGUGUCGGCGUCGGAGAACCGCGCACCCUGGCAGAGAGUCCCUGGCAUUCGCUCAAGACAGUCUUCCUGGUCUCCGUCAUCGUGGCAUUCCUCCUCUGGAUCAUCGUCUACACCCUGCUGGACCAGUAUCGAAUCUUGUGACCGUCCUCGCGUUCGGAUCCCCCAAUUCAGCGCUGGAUUUACGACCACGAUCGUAAAAUUACGCAUCCACUUUAUACCUUGCAUCAUCAGAUCUUGCGCUUCUGAUCGCGCAGAACGUUACAUAUAUCUGCUCGGUUACUCGAUGGGGGCGAUUUCCGUAAAUCGGGUUGUAAUAUUUCAUACUGUUUUAUAAGUCUUGACUCCUGUAAAUAAAUACCAUGUUGUACACGG